GCAAAAAUUAUUUUUCGGACUAUGCAGUUGUGAUAACAGGAACUGGGCUUUAUUGAUUUCUGAUAAGUUAUAAUGUUCCAAGCAAUGAAUUUAAAUUUAUAUUAGUGCCACUUCAGAAGAAUUUGCGGAUAAAUUCAGGCUAAUUAAUGUAGAACAACUUUAGGAAACCUGGAAUAUUUCUGUUUCAAUAGGGGACUUAGGUUAUUUGAAAGCUUGUAUGUUAUAAAAAAUAUUUAGUCAUAUGAAAUAUUAUGAUAUUUAGUUGUAUAUAUGUCAUUUUUGUUCAAUAAAUUUAUAAAAUGAAGAGUUUGGUUGAAUAGAAAACCUAAUACAGCAAAAAAGCAAUUAAUCUAAUAGAGUGUUUUGGUUCAUGGGCCUCAUGGCUCUCACACAAUUGGUUUACAAGUUCAAUUCAUGCAAGCUGUUUUUUGAUGCUAUAAAGGAGUGAACAGGCACAAUUUCCUGCACUUUAAACCACUGGGUGAUCCUACAAAAGCAUUAAAAAGUGAAAGUUGGUGGUGGUCAGUUGCACACAUUGCCCUAGAAAUCUGUUAAAAAUGUUCAAUUCAGAUACUAAUUAAUUGCCUGUAACAAAUUAAGUGACUUAGAUCAGAACCAUUUGGCUUACAAGUGGUCAAAUAAUUUGACUUACUCUAUAUAUUUUUGUAUCUUAGGAAAUAGAUAGAAAAGUUUGGCAAAAGAAUAAAGAAGCUCUGACCAUCAAACAGAUAAUAGGUAACCGCCUUGAGACUUCCGCUGCUCAAAACUGCAAUUUUCAAACAUAUCCCACAACUUCAUAAUAAUGCUCUAUUAAUGGUAUUUUGACAUUAAAUAGAAUCUAAUAGAGACAGUUGAUGGUGCAAUUACCGCAUGAGUCUCGAUCAAUCAAACGAAUUACACGUUUUGGUUAAAAUUAAUUACUUUCAUAUAAAAUAAAAAAGUAAUGUUAAAACGUUUUUGUCACAGAACUCCAAUAAAUAGAAUCUAACUCUAUAGGAGUAGUAGAUAAGAUAUAACAUUUCUCUUUUAAAAGUUUAUUAUUAUUUUUUUCUUAAUAAAAAUAUGUAAGUGAUAUAUACGACUAAUCAUAGCAUGUCUCGGUCUGUAAUUUGUCAUAUAUACGGAUUUGAUAUUUCGUUAUAUUUGUCAUUAAUUAAUUAUUUAAUGUAACAUAAGUAAAGGUAUAUAUUUUAUUUUAGUGAAUCAUGUUACUAUGUAUUAGUUUUUCAUGUUAGUGAUACUAUGUCACUAAUAUAACGGGAGCAAUAAAGUUUUCCUCCAAUUGCACAACCAAUCAUAACAAGUCUCCGCCUGUAAUUUUUCAAAGAAGAUAUUUUUAAAAUAAUGUCAACUAUAUAUAUAGUCAAUGAGCUAGUAGCCUAGUGGUAUUAGACCCUUACCUUCCUAGGGAAGGUCAAGGGUUCAAACCUCCAAAGAGACAUGUGUUAGUAGUAUCAAGUAUGAAAAAAAUUUACCCUUCAGAUUAUUUAACAAUUUGGUUGAAUUAAAGCUUAAUUUUUUUUAGUAUUUAUUGGUUGAUUGAUCGAGUAUUAUUAACAAUUUAAAUAAUAUAGAUUCGUACAUUUUCUUUUAAUGUCUUGUAAAUAGCUUGACGUUUUUCCUAUGUUCUUAUAUAUAUGUAUUAUAUAUAUUCGUUAUUUCCGUGCAUGCCAAGGAUAAAUGUUAUUCUAGAACAAGCUAUUACUUCAUCCAUGACUUUUGAGCGUAGGCUGGUAAACAACUCAUGUCUUGAGCUUCAAAGUCAAGAAAAAACUAUGAAACGUGCACAUCACUACAACAUAUUAGGUUUUUACCGGCAUUCUUUAGAAGAACGCUGGUAUAGGUGUACUAAUACCAGCGCUUUUUUAAGAGAGCUGGUAUAGGUGUAGCUCUUUUUAAGAGCGCUGGUAUAGGUGUAAUAUUACCAGCGCUCUUUUUAAGAGCGCUGGUAAUAGCCCUUCCCUUCCCUCCACUUUUUCCCUCCACUAAAAAGUUAGUGAAAUAGAAUAUUUGGCCUAAACUACGUCGUUUUUUGGGGCCAUUAACACCAUUGUUUGGUCUGUAUUCCACUUUCCCAUUUCAUUUUGCAAUUACAUGAGCCCUAACCUCUCCUUCAGCCGCUCUCUCUCCUUCCAUCACCGCUCUCUCUCCUUCCAUCACCGGUCAUCACAGCUCUCUCUCCUUCCAUCAGUUUUGUUGUAUUCAGCUUUCUCAUUCGGAAUAUGGAUAUGUAGGCGAUUGUUGGCGACGAUAGUUUUCCCGUGGCAGAGCAAAAAGGACCAAUCAAUUGGUAACAAUAAGACUUCAGUAUUGUUUUCCUCGUGUUCUUUUUUUGCACUUAGGCAUCCAAAACAUAUGCUAAGGCUGAAGUUUCCUUGCAUGACAAGAGGACUGAUUGUUGGAUCAUCAUCAAAGAAAAGGUUCGUCAAUACUGGAGCUGAUCAUACAUUCUGAUUGUUUUGACACCAAUUAUUGCUUGGUGCUGGAGACAACAUUACAUAACUUCUUUUGUAGAAACUAAAUUGCCCAGGAAGGAUAAAUAAUAAGUUGACAAUGAAACGAACGGUUAGUGAGGUGGAAAAAGUGAGUGAAGAAAAUACCAAAGCUUCAACUUCAAAAUCAUCCCAACCACCGGCGAAGAAGAGACGGGGCCCGACACGAUGCAAGAAUGUCAUAAAUGCGACAACCUUAAUACCAUUAAGGGUAAUAAGUUUGGACAGCCGAUCGGCCCUGGAAGUGGUACAUAUACUAAUUAUUUGGGAACACUUACCCGGAGUGCUAGAUUAGCUCCUUUGUGCUACAAAACUUGGUGGGAGAUGCCUAAACGGCUUAAAGAGGACAUAUGGAACAUUGUAAAGUAUGAUGUGGGAAUCAUGUCAAAACAGUGGACAUUUUCCUCCAUUGGAACAAAAUGGAGGGGGUACAAGUGUAAAUUAAAAAGUGAAUACUACUCGGUUCGGGAUACAGAUGCAGAAAGAUUGGCAAACCCACCACCUGAUGUUGAGAAGGAGCAUUGGGAAUUUUUGGUUAGGCAUUGGGGCACGCCUAUGGCGAAGGAGGUCAGUGAAAAAAACAAAGAACGUUGUGGGAAUCAGACAAUGCUGCAUACUACAGGGACAAAAAGCUUUGCACGUGUUUCUGCCGAGGAAAGCAUAAAAGGUCUUCAAAAAAGUUACUCUAACUCGCCUAUUGGCAGUUCCAAUGAUUUGUUCUCCGUUGUGAGGGGACAAGAGAGAACUGGUCAUGUGCGGGUGCUUGGCUUGUGGCCUACACCAAGCGAUGUUUGGGGGCCCUCUCCUAGUAAAGCUAAACUGAUUAAUAAUGCCAAAAAAACUUAUGAGAAGGCACGUGUAGAGUUGCAGGAGACCAUUUCAAAAAUGCAAGCCGACUAUGACGACAAGUUGGAAAAUUUACGAGCCAACUAUGACGACAAGUUGGAAAAUUUACAACAACGGGUGGCUAUGCUAAUGCAGAUGCAACAACAAAAUUGUAGUGGACAGGGUUCUGAUUUAAAAAAUGCUCCUAGAAUAUCCCCAAAUUCAUUUUCUAGUCAUGAUGCCAAUUCAGUUAAGGGUAAUUCAAAUCAAAUGGGCAAAAGAAGAGUUGUUGAAGUUGAAGUUGAAGUUGAAGUUGAAGUUGAAGCUGAAGCUGAAGAUGGGGUCGUGGCUGUGCUUUCUGAAUUUCCUUCGCCUUGGAUGGGUUCUUUUUGAAAAACUUGUACUUCAUUUGUCAAAAAUUCUUAAUUCUUUUUGUGUGACAUUUAGUAGCUUUAUCUAACAUCUUUCGAGGGUAAGCUACAAAGCAUCCAUCAAAAGGACUCGGGGGGUGGGGAAGGAUGGCUUGAGGAACGAGCUUAGACGACCUAGUUCUGUUCUUAAUGUGUAAACUCUAUAUUUACCACAAACCGCCCACAAUCUAAAACUGGAUUUCCACACUUUAAUGGCAAAAUCAACCCCUUUUUCUACGGCUGUGAAAGGGUAAGGAUGACCGGGAAAUAGCAUCAGUUAUUUCUGAGAUCCGGCACACGCAGAUUCAAAAGGAUAGACAAUUUGGAUGGUAUUUUCAUAGUAGCAGGUUAACUUGUGGUUGUAUUAGUAGACAUUUUAGCUUUUUGGUUGACAUUUUUUGGGUUUUGGUUGACAUUUACCAGCUUUAUCUAUUAGUAGAUAAUUUCGAUGGUA